UGAGACGUGUCAAACACAGCUUGAAUAAACUGAACGAUUUUGAGGCGUGAGAUGUGGACUAUGUGGUUAUUCUGGGAUGUGAUAUUGAAUGAGGUGUUUUUGGGCUUGCAUUUGGGCUUGUCAAUGCAUACUGUGCGGCUCAAAAGGAGGCUUCUGAGUCACAGAUUCUAUAUAACAUUCAGGCUUGCGGGGUGUUGAGAUUACUUAUUCCAGUUCAAGCCAGAAGCCACUUUCCAGCAGCUAACUAAGAGCCGUGCAACAGAAGACAAGUCCAGCGCCAUUAUCUCCAGUGAACAGGUCACAAUAAUAUGAAAGGCGGGGCAGUAAUCAGCCCAAGUCGAUUCCUUUGCGCUCCUGACAAACAAAUUCUUGCUGCUAGAAAACUCGGUGGCUUUUGAACAGAGCGCCAUUUUCUGAACUUGGGAACCUGCUCACGCGAAUGAUAUGUCUGGAGUCGUGGGUCAGUGAGCUCGGAAGCGCCACAUUAGCGACUCUGACAAAGAUCGUGUCGGCUGUGCUGCUCUUCCUGCAUACUUGUCGCUCCAUGUUUGCAGCAAACCAUGGCUGUCGUACGGAGUAGUGAGCGCCUGGAUUGGACGACUGGCCAGCGUGGCUUAUGGUUUGGUCAAUGAGGAUCAUCGCUUCUUUCAGUAUGAUGAAAAUCUGGAAAGCCUCCGUCCGACUCGAUCAGCUCGUGUUGCGAUGGCGAAGGCUGCCACAAUUACUGCUGGCUACUGUGUCGUUCGAGUUGCGCUCUUUUGGAGUUAUAUAUUCGUUCCUCUUCACUCAUUUCUGAGGGAGAACAUCGCUGGCAGUCGCUACACAUUGACUGAUUUAUUCUUCCAUUCAUUAUGCCUUCUGACACCUCCAUCCAACAAUCCCUGCUCGACACAAUCGAGCGCUCUUUCUACCAAAAGCUCCCUUCAGACUCCCAUCAGUCCGAGAGUCAAAGAACAGACCUCCAUCCACUGGAGAAGGACCAGGGAAUACUACCAAUCAGCUCUUCUUUAGAUCACUCGUAUCAACCACAUCCCAUAACCCCGGAACGACUAGAGAGUACAAACGAUACCCCACCACUCAGGCCCAGUCAACAGCAAGCCCCCGAACAUCAUCAAGGCCCGUUCAGCUAUCCCACCAGCGGAUUAAUAUUUAUGCUCCGCUGGGGCUGCGCAAUUCUCACAGUCGCAGCUACGAUUCUGUUCGGAAUCUGGGCUCCCCUGAGCUACCAGGAGACGAAGAACGCGAAUAAGGAUCACGAUGAAAUGCAGCGUGCCCUUAUCAAAUCCGCAAAAUCGGCUAAUGAUAUAGCGACAAGUGCACUUGAGGCUGCUUUUCUACAACUACAAAUUGCGACUGCGCAGGCGAGUGUUAUUGAAAAUUUACAGACCCAGUUGGCUGCUAUGGGACAGGUGGCACUGUUGCAAUUUUGCAAUGCGCAAACGAGAGGGGAUUUCGCGCCCUGCUCUUCCUUCAUCAACUCCGCCCAACUUGCCAGCCUGGUUUCUCAGAUUGCCACGCCGACUUCCACGCCGACUCCCACGAUAACUCGUCCCGCGCCAACCGAUUCUGCGCCGCCUAGACCUUCUCAUCACACUCCCUCCACAGGCGAUAACGAUUUAGAGAAUAGAUCGGGAAUGUCUAUCGCCUCCAUUCUUGGAAUCGUUUUCGGCGGCACUGCUGCGAUUGGGAUCCUCACGGGGUUCUUCGUCUGGAGGUACCAGCGUGGGAGGUUGGUGGCUUCUAGGCGGUAUCAGUGAGUGAAAGACGGUGUAGAGGAAUUGGACUCAUUUCAGAGCAAUGUAAUUAUAUUCAUGAGUUGGAUUGAAGAUACUGGGACAAUGUUAUAUGCAUUGAAUUCAUGCAGUACUGUCAGCCAGCAGAGCACCACAAACAGUGAAUACAAUUGGCCUACCUCACUGUGGGAUUGUAUAUCCUUAAUGUGACGAUGGUAUAGAUAUAGGUGCCUUGGGAGGCGGUCUUGACCCAUAGUAUUGAGAGAAGUGAGUGGCGUAGCAAUUGAUCGGCUGUUGAAGGAAUGUUUCUCACAAGCCCCAAACCGUUAGUUGCUGUGAAAACGGUUCACUGAAGAUUCUCUGAUUUGAUAGUAUAUGUUUGAAAGCAUUUACCCGAAUAUCACCUGAGCGAACCACCAGCAUGGUUAAUGGCAGGCUUGUCUCUAUGCACUGUAAAAUGGGCGGUGUGGAGUUCGAGGCAAAAUCUGUACUUAGAUCAUGCCUUGGUUGUGACGACACACUAGGUCAAAAUCGACUUGAGAUCAGGUAACCUUGGAAGAUCAAAGAGAGUUGAAUGAUGGUAUGUCAAUACUGUACACUAAUUGUCCAAUGGGUUGGCGUGCUUCAAAUAGAAAUGGUAAAACGCAUUUCAAGAGAAUCAUUGACGAGCAUGUUUGAUUCACUCCAGACGACCUUGAGAGUCCAUAGGAACCAUGGAUCUGUCAACAAUGCAAAAUACAAAAAAAGAUUUGUGAAAAGAAUAGCUGUAGUUUCGACAUGGUGACCUUCCUGGUGGACGGACUGGCGGGCGUGGGGGUUUAAGAGUCGCGGCGGUUGCCUUGGAUUCUUCAUAUUUCGAUCCAAAAGCAUCGACCUCCAACACUCCCAACGUGGCACCAAUUCGAGUCAGCCAAGACAUCACUGCUAUAAUAUUCCUUGAAAUACACAGUUUGAGAGCUUGUGGUCUUUUUUCUUUCCUUUCUUUUCUCUUCAUUUCUUUCUUUUGUCGGUUCCUUGCGUCUAGGACUUUGUGUGAUUCCGUUCGUGGAAAAGGGAAAUCAGUCAGGGUAAAAAUAUUCCAGACCAACAGGGUUUCGUAAUGUCCCGUGCAGCUCAAUUUUUGAGCAAGGAGAGCGGCAUACUGGCUCUCCCGAUAGGCAAUCACCAUGUCUUGGAUCUUUAUCAAUUACAUCCAGUUAAUUGUAAAGAGUCACCUGGGACUGGAGUGUCCCACGGCUGGCAGGGGUGUGUCAAGUUUUCCAGCCACGAAGCGUUAAACUUGACAAGGCUGAGUGAAGGCAAAGGAUGGAAAAACUUUCCUCUCCACAUGGAAAAGGUGUACGGAGUACACACCAUGGGUAUUCCGUGUUGCUCUGCUCUAUAAGUUCCAACUUACGAGCCAUACCGGCCACCUUGGACAUCUGGUUGAACCCAUGUACCAUCCAUUUCCAGUACUCUCCGCCGCACUCCAUCAAAUCACCUGCGAUAUUUUUCGCAUCAUAAUCGCGACAAAUGCCUCAGAACUCUCAUGAGUGGGCUAAAAUAACUAAAGCGACCCUCUCACCGGUUUCAGUACAACUGAUUUUACUUCCACGCUCACUAUUUAACAUAAAUACUUGGAUUCAGCCAGAAAGCAACGUUUCUGAGGUGGAACAACCGAAUCAAGAUGAAAUGCUGCCAUUUGGCCUUGGCCUUGAACUGUUUCACCUUGUCACACUUAUAUCUAUACUUAUCGAGCUAUGGAAUCUAUUUCGCAUUUCGUGUUUAUCUUAAUCAAGUGACUAGUUAUAAGUGUGUUCAUUUGACCAGCAGCAAAAGCAAUCCUGGGUCUUGAAAUUAAGUUGAAUACGUUCCGCCAUUAUAUAGCUCCAAACUAUGUUGAAGGGGAAAUGGCAAAGUUGGAAAAGGAGAAAACAAGGGUUGGGAUCAAAAUUGUCGUAAAGUGGGAAAAUGAAAUUUUUUCAUUAUUUUUUAAGACUACUAAUAGCUUUGCAACUCGAUGCAUUUCAAGCAGAGCUUUGUUCAUAUGCACAUAUACUGCCCUCAUUUUGCCCCUGAAGCUUCUGUGCUCGAUCAAUAGCUAUAUCGCACAUUGCCUAUAUUUGUUUCAUCGGGAAGAAAGCAAAAUGCGGGUUAGUUCAUAACGUUGGUAUAUUACUUGUAUACAACCAACAUGGGGAAUAUGCGAGUGGAGACGCAACGGGGAAUGGGCAAAAAGGCCUACCUGUAUAAUAUCCUCCUUCUCCUUUUCCACAUCGCCCCUCUCAAUUCGCCGUCGCAUAUCCUGCAUUAUAACAUCUCUACUACGUCCGUUUACGAAUACACUACAGCCACGAUUAUUAUUUAGCACGCUUUAUGGAUACAGGUUUUUCUUGCUUUUCUCAAAAAGGAAAAAGGGAAGGGGUGAAUAGCAUAGUAAUGAUAUUGACGGUACAUACACAUAUCUCAGCCCCGGAUAUUUCUCUUCAUACACACUAUUCAACUUCUUCAAGUCCGCCGCCUCUUCCUCUCUUCUCUUAUUAACACUCUCGUCCUGCUCCUCCCCUUCCCCCUUACUCGCAUUCAACCCCGCCUGCUCCUGUCGACUCAAUUCGCUCAGAUUCUCCUGCUUCUUCUCCCCUAGGCGCGGAUGUGCGCCUAAAAUCCCAUGGAGGACUUCUCUGUCCUUCGAAGAAUUUGCAGCGGAGAGCGCCAUCAUGCGUGCGCCGAUGGCGCUGAUGAGGGACUGAUAGGAAGAGAAUGUUUGGUGGGCGAGGAGGGGGAGGGCCAGCGUGUGCAGGUCUGUAGAGGACUCGAAGAGGGUGUCGAGUAUUUGUGUUUGGGUGGCUUUGGGGAGGUAGGGGAUGGUGGAGAUUGCGGGGAGGCAAGGCAUGGUUUGGAGCUUGGGAUUUAAAAUUUGCUAGUACUAUUGUUCUUAUUCUAUCUUUUGUUAAUAGACUUACGUAGUCAGUAGGGAAUGUAUAAAAGGAGAAAAGAGAGUAAUGAAUUGAAGAGCAGCGGGAGUGUUUACUUAUAUACAUCAAUCACACAUGGAUCUCGGAGCUGGCCGUCAAAGGAUCUCGAAGGGCGGGAUGACGUUGUUCAUGUGAUUUUCUCGGGAUAUCAUGUGACUCGGGUUUGUUGUUGGCCGCUGCGGCUAUUUGU